AUGAGGUUUUCUGUGGCUCAGAAACUCCCUGCCUUCGCGGCUCUGGCUUUGGCUUCUCCCAUCACUCACCAGCCUCAGCCAGCCUUCGAGUCACAUUCUCUCUUCGUUCGACAAGACAUCCAAACGCCAAUCAAUGGUUCUCUUCCCAAUGUUACCAUCUUCGCCACAGGUGGUACCAUCGCAUCGCAAGGCUCCAGCAACACUCAAACCGUUGGAUACCAGGUUGGGCUCGGCGUGCAACAGCUCGUGGAUGCCGUCCCCGAAAUCCUGAACAUCUCGAACAUAGCUGGAUACCAAAUCAGUAAUGUCGACUCUGGGAGUGUCAAUCAGACAAUACUGCUCAAGUUAGCGCACCAAAUCAAUGCAGAAUUGGCCAAAGAUGACAUUAGUGGAGUCGUUGUCACACACGGAACGGACACCCUCGAAGAAACGGCGUUUUUCUUGCAGUUGGCUGUGAACUCGAGCAAGCCGGUCGUUGUCGUAGGCGCGAUGAGGCCUGCAACUGCACUGAGCGCUGAUGGACCAUUGAACCUGCUGCAAGCUGUUACACUAGCUGUCAGUGAGAAUGCAAAGGACCGCGGAACCAUGAUCACCCUGAAUGAUCGCAUAGGCUCUGCAUUCUAUACGACAAAAAAUAACGCAAACUCUUUGGAUACCUUCUUCAGUACAGAGGCCGGUCAGCUCGGGUUUUUCAUCAACCAAGUACCCUACUUUUACUUCGCGCCGUCUGUUCCUAUCGGAGCAACCCACUUUGACCUCACCAACACUACGUCUCUUGCUCAGGUUGACAUCCUGUAUGUGCAUCAAGACGUAGACCCCGCUCUGUUCAAUGCGUCCUAUGCCGCUGGUGCAGAAGGUAUCGUCUUUGCAGGUGUAGGUGCAGGCGGUAUCUCUGCGACCGCUAGCGAGGCUGCUGAAGGUCUAUUCAACGCUACUGGAAUCCCGAUCGUGGCGAGUCGAAGGAGUGUGGAUGGUUUCGUGCCAAGCGCAGAUGAGAGCUUCUCGAUUGCUGCUGGUUUCUACAACCCUCAGAAGGCACGAGUGUUGCUCCAGCUUGCGCUCACAAUGGGUUACGAGUACGACGAGAUCAAGGAUCUCUUUGCGCAAAGCUACCCCAAGCCUUGA